AUGGAUUUAAAGAAUAAUUAUAUAGAAGAAACAAAACUUUUAAAACACUUAACAACAAAUUUAAUCAUUAAUGCGGAAAAUGAUCGAUUAUUGUUGAUUAAUUUAAAAGAUUUGAGUGAAAUUUUAGCAGCUCUACCCAAAGAAAUCGUUAAAAUCCAUUCUAAAAAUAUUUUAGGGGCAUUUUUCAUACACUUAAACCCAAAUAAGUCGUCUACAGUCAAGCCAGUUCUAAGAGAAAAUUUAAUUUUUAAUUUAGAUGUUCUCUUACAAAAAUCCGAAGUGGAUAAUGUAAAUGUGUAUAAAAAUAUUGCAGGAACAUUGUUAUUUGAAAUUUAUGAUCCAGGAAAAGAUAACACAUUAAAAGAUUGUCCAGAAGAGUACAAAUUAAUUGUGGUGAAUUGUAUUGCAAGUUUACAUGGUUCAAUCAUCGAUGAAGUUGUUCGAAAUGUUUAUAGCAGUGAAACAUUUCUCAUGGUUUUUGCUAAUAUGGUUUAUGUUUGUUUAAAAAUGGCUCAAUUGGAAAAACUUAAAAGUUUAAGAAUAGCAGCAAUUAAAUGUAUAAUGAGUAUAGCUAAAACUACUCAUAAUGAUCCAACAAUUUUAAAAAUAUCAGCUGAUUUAUUUAUGAAAUUUUUCCCAUUAAUCACCAAAGUUUUAAGUGAUAUAACAUUAGAAGAACAAAAAUCUGGGCAUAAAGUAAUUUGUGCUGCUAUUAAUUGUCUUGGUAACUUUUUUUGUUUAUUAAUGCAAAAUAACUCAUCUUCACGUGAUAUUAACUGGUUUAUUAACACCGAUAACCAAUUAGUUAAGGUUUUCAACAAAAUCUUAAAAAUAUGUUAUCAUGAUGAUGAAAGAAUUCGAUUAGAAUUUGGAUUAACUUGCCAUAAAAUUGUUACAAAAUGCUAUUCAUCAAUUCCAAUAACAUCAACGAAAAUUUUCGAAGCUUUAAUUAAACUUUCUGAAGAUUCCAAUCAAGAUGUCUCAAAUAUUUCUCGAAAAGCUUUAGAUUUUUUACUUAUUUUAAAGACAAGCGACCAAGAUUUUUAUGAAAAGCUUUUUGAUCAUCUUGAAGAAAAUUUAUUUGAAACUAUGAACGAAAUCCCUUCGAUUUUUCAUAGUGUUGAUGAUGAUAAAAAGUUAUGCCAAUUAAAUCUACUUUGUGGGUAUUUAAAAUUAUUUAAAAAUCAUAAAUUAUCAAUAUUGUUAUAUGAUCCAAUUAAUUUAAAACAGUUUAUGAUAUCUUUACUAACCAUUUGUACAUUGGAUAAAUUAAAUUUGAGGUUAUUUGAUGAAUACACAAUUCAAGAUUUUGAAAUUCAAGAUUUCAACAAAACACCGUGGAAAACAUUUAAAUAUCAUACAAAUGAAAACGUUGCGACAAAACUAAACGAAUUAUUUCAAUUAUUAUCAAAUGAAGAAAUCGUUCAAGAUAUUUAUUAUUAUUUAAUAGAAGUUUUCGAGAAAGAAACCGAAUUUAAAAAGGAAUCAACGUUAAUUUUAAACGAAAUAAUCUCAAAUAUACCAAAAAAUUUAAACGAUGAUUUAAAAAUAGAUUUAAUUUUGAUUUACUUACAAGAUGAAAAUUUAAAUUUACCAAUUAUUCCAUCUGAAUCGAUACAUUUAAACGAAACUCACGAAAAUACUAUUCAAAUUUGUUUGCAAUUAGAAGGUGUAGGAAAAAUUUGUUUAAAUUUAAACGAAAACCGAUGUAGGAAAUUAUUAUUAAAAAUUUUAUACCCCAUUAUUGAAAAAUCGGGUUCUUUAAAUCCUCUAAUUCGUUUAUCUGGAUUAAAGUGUCUUUUAAAUGUUUCAAAAUCAUCAGGAUUUAUCUCAAUAACGGAUUUAAUCAAUCAAAAUUCCGAUUAUUUUUCUUAUCACGUUACAAGAAAAUUAAAACAUUUUCAAACGAAUAAAACGGUUCUAGAUGUUUUUGGUGUUGUUAUAAAACAUUGUUCUGUGGAAGUUUUAGAUUCAAUUUCGGAUAUUAUCGAAAAUAUAUCCGAACAAACCGAUUUUAUUAACACUGAAGAACAAAUCCCGUUUUUAAGAAUAUACGAUGUAUUUUUGAAAUGUUUAAUUCGAUGGUUCGACGUUAAAAUAAUUUUGGAAAAAGUUAAAAGUAAAAAAGAAAAGAUCGAAGAAAUUUUGAAAGGAAAGGAGGAAUUGAUUGAAGAAAAUAAUGAUUUUUCGGAUGAAAAAAUGAAAAAAAGUGUGGAAGAAAUGUGGAAAGAGGACCAAAAUAAUAAAAUUGAUGAUGAAGUUAUUGGUGGUGAAGAAUGUAAGGUUAAAAUAGUUCUUCCGGUUCAUAUAAAAUUGACGAUUAAAAUAUUAAAAACAUCUUUAAAUUAUUUAUCUUCUCCUAAUGAUGAUAUAAAGAUUUUGAGUUUAGAAAUUUUGAAAAAUGGAUUAGAAAUAGUUAAGGAUUAUGAAAACGAAUUGUUACCUUUGGUGCAUAAAAUAUGGACACCUUUAAAAUAUCGUUUUAAAGAGACUGUUAAACCAUUAAUUUUUAAUUUAAGUUUUCAAUUAUUGGUGGUUAUGGCAAGACUUUCUAGGGAUUUUAUUAGACAACGCACAUCAGUGGACGUUUUAGAAAAUAUUUUAAAUCGACUUACAGUGCUUUCGAAACAAAGCUAUCUAAAAGACCGAGGAUCCGAAUAUAGAACAACCCAAGCUUAUAAAUUACAAAUAGUUAUUUUGGAAAACUUAUCGCGAUUAAUUUGCGACAUAGAAAUAGCAACUGAAGAUUGUUUAAAGUUAUUUGAAACGGUAAAACUCUAUUUAUCUAACAAACAACCCGUAUUAUUGCAAAAUUUAACCGUUCAAUUCUUUAAAACGAUGUUAAUUUACGAUUUUGAAUGCACAAAAAAUUAUUUGGAUUCAUUAAACAUGAAUGGCGAGUAUAAAAAAUGCAUAGUGGAAGUGUAUAAGCAGUAGUGAUUGAUAAGAAAGGUACUAGAAUGAAAAACUUCACUUAAUAAAGUUUUUUUAACCAUUA